UAACUGUAGCAUUGUCUAUUUUGCUUUCAUACUGGCCACCACCCCCAAUGGCAACCCCAUAAUUCUCCUUUAUUGCAAUUUGUACAGUAUUUAAUAUGCUGCAGUCACAACGUCCGUGUAAUUGCACUCAAAAUAUUUUAACUCCUUUCUGACUGCCACUUGUUUGUAAAGGAAGAGUUUUUGAGGGAAUGGAAGGAAAAUCCCACCAACCUUUUUUUUUAAUUUUAUCUCCCAGAGCUCCUGAUUUUAAUUUGCAUUGGGUUGCUUUAUUUAUCUUGUUAACAUGGAAAAAGUUUCUAUUUGAACUGCCUGCAGUGUGUGUACUUUUGAAUAGCUGUGAUGAGUGAGUCAGUGUUUGGAUGCAAAGGUCUCUGUGUUUCACAGCAGGAGCCAGUCUAAUAGGAGCCUGUGCCUUUAAGACUUGCCUGUGAAUUACUAGUUAUUUUCUGGAUCCGGGGUAGAGGGCGUUUUCCCUGGACAACAGGAAAAAAAAAGAACUGAAGGCUAGAUGUGAAGGCUGUGGGAGAAGGAGAAAUAUUAAUGAAUAAAAGAGAGUGGGAGAAAGACCGGCCCUAGAGCUUAGAAGGAGAGAGGAGGGACAGCAAGCAGCCUGGGCUGGGGACAUCGUGCUCACACAGGCUGGGAAAGGGCUAAUCCUUGCAGGAGAUCAGCUGCCACCCAAGCAGCACCAUUCAGCCAUCAGAAGGAAUCCCCAGAUGCCCAAUUGAGAUCUCACCUAAUCUUCCUCCUAAUGCCAUUGAAUUAGUAAGCUCAGAAGCAGCAGCCCUCCCCCACCUCUCCACCCGACGGAAUAAAUGCCGUGUAUCACCCACCCAGCCUGGAGCCUCUGGGAAGCUGCCAACUCCCAGCCAGGAGAGCAAAAUGUCCUGGUUUAGUGGUAUCCUGGUCCCCAAAGUGGACGAACGAAAGACAGCAUGGGGGGAGCGCAAUGGGAAGAAGGGCAAGCGAAAAAACACCUCUUUAUGUGGUCCCAGAUAUAUGAGCUGCCUUCAGGACCCUGAAAUGGACAGAAACAACCGCAACAACUUCGGCCUCCGUUGCACCUGGCAGGAGGACCAUUAUGGCAAGAAAGGGGCAGGUGGUGACCUGGGACUCAAAUCCGUGGCCCUUGGAUUUGAGGAUGGGGAGGUGAAGGGCUCCAAAAUGGGAUCAACAGAAGUGGUGGGCACAGAGGAUGGUGAGCAAAAUUUGACUCCUGGUGAGUGCUGGGUACGAUUUUUACAAGUGUUUCAGUCGAAGAAAUUCCAGUCUGCUAAACUGGAGCGACUAUACCAACGGUACUUCUUCCAGAUGAAUCAGAGUAGUCUGACUAUGUUAAUGGGAGCCCUUGUACUGGUUUGCUUGGUCAUGCUGAUCUUUCAUUGUACUCAUGGGGAACCCCAGGUAGUCUACGUAUCUGUCCUUGCUGUAGCUAUGGCUCUGUUUUUGUCACUUAUGGUGGUGUGUAAUCGCAACGGCUUUCACCAGGACUACAUGUGGAUAGUAAGCUACCUUGUGAUAGCAGUCCUGUUUGCUGUGCAGGUUCUUGGGGUUCUCAUGGUGACCCCACGUAGUGCCUCUGAAGGAAUCUGGUGGAGUGUAUUCUUUAUCUAUAUUAUCUAUACCCUGCUCCCUGUGCGCAUGAGGGCAGCUGUUCUGAGUGGACUAAUUCUGUCCUCCCUACACCUAAUCAUCUCCUGGAGGCUCAACCUGACAGACAUUUUCCUUUGGAAGCAGCUCAGCGCCAACGUGCUAAUCUUCCUGUGUACGAACAUCAUUGGCAUUUGCACUCAUUACCCAGCAGAGGUGUCCCAAAGGCAAGCCUUUCAGGAAACAAGAGGAUACAUCCAGGCUAGGCUACACCUACAAAGAGAGAACCAGCAGCAGGAGCGUCUUUUGCUUUCUGUCUUACCACGCCAUGUGGCCAUGGAGAUGAAGGAAGACAUCAACACCAAGAAGGAGGACAUGAUGUUCCACAAAAUCUACAUUCAGAAACAUGACAAUGUGAGUAUCCUGUUUGCAGACAUUGAAGGGUUUACCAGUCUUGCAUCCCAGUGCACAGCACAAGAACUGGUCAUGACACUUAAUGAGCUCUUUGCCCGCUUUGACAAGUUGGCAGCAGAGAAUCACUGUCUGAGAAUAAAGAUCUUAGGAGACUGUUACUACUGUGUCUCUGGGUUGCCUGAAGCUCGUGCAGAUCAUGCUCACUGCUGUGUUGAGAUGGGAGUGGACAUGAUUGAAGCCAUUUCGUUGGUUCGAGAGGUGACUGGUGUUAAUGUCAAUAUGCGUGUGGGGAUACACAGUGGCCGUGUUCAUUGUGGUGUCCUUGGUCUGCGCAAAUGGCAAUUUGAUGUCUGGUCCAACGAUGUGACACUGGCCAAUCAUAUGGAGGCUGGUGGUAAAGCUGGGCGGAUACACAUUACAAGUGCAACGCUGAAAUACCUAAACGGAGAUUAUGAAGUGGAGCCAGGUAACGGGGGCGAGAGGAACGCGUACCUAAAGGAACAUGACAUAAAGACCUUCCUUGUGACAGGAUGCAGUCAGAAAAGGAAAGAAGAGAAAGCAAUGAUGGCGAGGCUACAGAGGGCAAGGGCCAACUCCAAUGAAGGUCUCACACGUGUCUGGGUGCCUGAGCGAUCGUUCCCACGCAAUAAAGGCUCCAAGGCUUUCCGACAAAUGGGAAUUGAUGAAUCAAGCAAAGACAACAGAAACACGCAGGAAGCGCUAAACCCUGAGGAUGAAGUUGAUGAAUUUUUAGCUAGAGCAAUAGAUGCUCGUAGUAUCGAUCAACUUCGAAAAGACCAUGUCAAGAAAUUCCUCCUCACCUUUCAGACGCCAGACUUGGAGAAAAAGUACUCCAAGAAGGUUGAUGACCGGUUUGGUGGCUACGUGACCUGCACCCUGCUUGUUUUCUGCUUUAUUUGUUUUAUCCAGAUAGUGAUCUUUCCUCACUCAUUCCUCAUGCUUGGAGUCUACACCAGCGUCUUUAUCAUCCUGGCCAGUAUACUCUUUGUCUGUGCCAUAUAUUCGUGUAUAAAGCUCUUUCCAGCAGCACUGCAAGGAGUUUCUCGGAAGAUUGUGCAAUCAAGAACCAAUAGCACUCUUAUUGGGAUCUUAACCAUACUGUUGGUGUUUACAUCAGCGUUUGUUAACAUGUUUGCCUGUAAUCACAGGAGCCUCACUGACUGCGCAGGUCAAGAACUGAACAUUAGUUACAAGUUUGUCAAUGUCUGCCAUCUCAGAAUGCUCAACUACAGCCUGAGUAUGGACUCUCCUCCAUGUGACUCCGACAAGCCCUUGUGCAAUUUCCCUGAGUAUUUCAAUUACAGCAUUCUGCUGAGCCUGUUGGCCUGUUCUGUCUUCCUGCAGAUUAGCAGCAUUGGGAAACUGGCACUUAUGCUUUUCAUUCAGAUUUUGUACAUUGUCAUCGUUGAGGGACCGGAGGUUGUUCUUUUUGACAACUAUGAUCUGCUGGUGACAGUUAAUGCACUCCCCAUUAAUGGAACUGGGGACAUCGAAGAAUGCUUGCCCAGCAGUAAAAUAGCUCUGAAAUUUGUGACUCCUGUCAUAUUGACUGUAUUCGUUCUGGCACUGUAUCUCCAUGCCCAGCAAGUGGAGUCCACGGCGCGACUUGACUUCUUGUGGAAGCUGCAGGCCACAGGAGAGAAGGAAGAAAUGGAACAACUGCAAGCCUAUAACCGACGUCUCCUGCACAACAUCCUCCCAAAAGAUGUGGCCGCUCACUUUCUGGCCCGAGAACACAGGAAUGACGAGUUGUAUUACCAGUCCUGUGAAUGUGUGGCGGUCAUGUUUGCCUCCAUCUGUAACUUCUCUGAGUUUUAUGUGGAGCUGGAGGCGAACAACGAGGGGGUUGAAUGCCUGCGACUGCUGAACGAGAUCAUUGCUGACUUUGAUGAGAUUAUCAGUGAAGAAAAAUUCAAGCAGCUAGAAAAGAUUAAGACUAUUGGUAGCACUUACAUGGCAGCAUCUGGUCUAAAUGACACCACAUAUGACAAAGAGGGAAAGACGCAUAUUACCGCCCUUGCAGACUAUGCCAUGAAGCUCAGGGAGCAGAUGAAGUACAUAAAUGAACACUCCUUCAAUAACUUUCAGAUGAAAAUAGGGCUGAAUAUUGGGCCUGUGGUCGCUGGAGUUAUUGGAGCUCGAAAACCUCAGUAUGACAUUUGGGGAAACACUGUGAAUGUAGCUAGUCGCAUGGACAGCACUGGGUUACCAGACUGCAUACAGGUUACAACUGAUUUGUACCAGGUCCUGGCAGCCAAAGGUUACCAAAUGGAGUGCCGUGGGGUUAUUAAGGUCAAAGGGAAAGGAGAAAUGACCACCUACUUCCUCAAUGAUGGACCAGUCAGCAGUUAGCAGAGAACUCUGCUUUUAGGGGCAGAAAGAACAAGAAGCCUCCUCCUAUCCCAAAUGCAGAGUAACCAGAACAAUAAGGAAGCUACCUACAUCCCCAGCAGCAGUUAGGUGCAAUGGGGCUGGGCGGUGCCAAAGUCCCGCACCUAAGACAUAGAGCUUGGCAGUGGCGUGUUUGUUUGGUGCUGUGAUCACUGACCGUGCUGUCCUGACACAGAGCUCUGUCCUGUCCAGGAGACAGUCUCAACUGUAUUUGAAAGCACAGAGAAGCAGCUUUCACCCUGGCACUUACAAUAAUAAUAAUGCUCACUGGCGGUACUUGCAAGUUAUUUAUUGUGAACAAGACAUUUUAUUAUUCUAUUUUUAUUUUAUUUUAAUUGCCUUGGGUUUAACAAAGCAAGAGAGAGUUUUAAAAAAUACAUGGUACAUGUUUUAAAGAAGAAGCUUCUCUAAGAACUGACCAAAGAGACAGAAGUGCAGGCCUCAGCAAAGAAUAGGAGGGCAUUGCCUUGUACGUCUUCAUGCGCUGUAUAUUUUCUCUUGUUGGCUGACUAACCUGUCUCCAGGUGCAGGUGAAAAAAGUAUUUUCAAGAUCCCAGCAGCACCUGUGGGGCCUUCAAAGGGAAACAAAACUUCAGCAAGUCAGUAAAUACCUCCCAUUCUCUUCCCAUCCCUUACCCAACAGCCCUACUUGCUAAACUGCUCUGGAAUGAGAAUGACCUGCUGAAAGGAGCAGUUUGUGACUCUCAGGAGUUACCGCCUAGUGGAUUCUGGGCUAUUUCAUUAAACUUGGAAAUCAUUUAACAGAGGCUCUGAGAUCCCUUCUGGAUUUUGUUAUAAUUGCAGGGGGAACCACAUUAUGAAAAGAGACAUCAGCAGUCUCUGCCUUUUUAUCUUUACUCUCGACAGCAAGAGGUCAAGGAGACUGAUGGUUUUUCGCGUCUUUACGGAUUGACGCACAACGUCUAUUUUUCACUGUGAAGCUGGUGUUCUCUUCUUCUCAUUUGCCAAAUUACAUCUGACCUGCACAUCAGAAGCUCAUCAUUUAGAUAACAGGGAUCUAGUCCUUUCCUUUUGGAAGCUGUGCAGACAGCAUUAGGUACUAUCUGGCCUUUGACUUCCUUGGACUGCAAGAGGGAUCUAGCGCCUUAAUCCCUGUAGUUGUGCUUCAUUAUAGGUGUUCGAUAACCAUAAAAUGGUUAAUGAAGCACCAACACUUUUUAAAGGAUAACUCUAUGUUACUUAAGGCAAGUUCUGGGAUUAUUAAAGAGUGGUCAAAGAAAGAUUUAACUGCAAAAAAUAUUGUUAGACAAUGAGUUGCAUGCCCCACUGGCAAGAUAAGCAGUUAACACAAGACAAAAUGUCGCCUCCAGCAGUGCUUACGACAGCUGGCACUUAGAGGGAAGAAAACAACUCCAAAGUGUUGAGCCUCAAAUAUUAGAAAGAGCAGUGAUGAACCUCUCUUGCUUCCUGCCAGAUCCUCCACAUGAAACAAACAAGCAAGCACAGAGUAGUGGUCACAGGCCUUGUCAGUCAGUUUCAUGUUGUUGUCUCAGGCAUUGAUGGUUUUAGUCCCCAAAACAGGUCCUGAUCCAGAGGCCUUCAAAGGGCCUAGCAAAAACAGAUUCUCUGGGAGUGCAAUUCCAUCUCUGGUGCCAAAGAGAAAACUAAGUUACAAGGAUAUGUGUAUAUAUAAAUAACACAUAUAAGUGUGUGUAUAUCUGUAUCUUUAUUGAUAUAGAUAUAUAUAGUAUAUAUAUAUAGAUGUAUGUGUGUUUGUGUUUCUUAAACACACACAUAUAGCAUAUUUAUAUACACACCCACAUAUAUAUAUAUAUAUAUAUAUAUAUAUAUAUAUAUAUAUAUAUAUAUAUAUAUAUAUAUAUAUAUAUAUAUGGAUGUAUUUUUGUACAUUUGGCUUAAUGCUGUGUCAUUUAGGCUGUUUCUUAGGUAAAUAUCACAUUAUUUUCUUGUUUUUCCACAAAGAAUCUAAGCAAAAAAAUCUUUUCAGGGGGUAUUGUAAGAAGGAAAUUAAAAUGUACCAUUGGUUAAAUCCCUUUUAAAACCAUGCAUGCACAGAGGAGUAACCCAGAGUCCAGAGCUCCUUGCAGUAAUAAGGAUGACUGUGUAUAGGUUUAUUUGGGGAAAGCAGUGGGCCAGUGUGACUUGUGAGAACUGUAAUCUGUGUUAAACAGUUCUCUCCUUUGAACAAGAUACUAAUCCAUGGGCAUGAGUGAGUGAGGAUGAAAUAAUAUGCAGUGAAUCGUAUAGGAAUGAAGUGCCUUGGAGAGGUCUGUAGAAAAUGGGAAGUUGGUAGCCCCAUUGAAUAAAAGGAACCAGUCUGUUACUUGCCUGCUACCAAAUAAAUACCCCCAGCUGCUGAUAUAAGAGGAUUCCCUUAGAUCUCCUGUACUGUGUACAUCACAAACUUUGUUGUCAAGUAUGUUUUUUGUUAUAGUUUUAUAAACCAUAAGAUUAUUUCUACCCUACCUAAAAUAACAAUCCUAAAUAGUACCCCAGUACGAGAUAUUCACAUGGGGAAAUGGAGUCCUAUAAAGAUAAAUGAUCUGGUAGAUAAGACCUGUUUCCCCAAUAAAAAUAAGUGUGGGAAACACUUACACUGAUUCUUUCCAAACCUUGUGGCUUAGAUAUAACAUCUAAAAAUACUGACUCAUCUUUAUUUCUUAGAACCAACAAUUUAUUUAUUUACUAUUUGCUUUACCUUAAAUACAAAGAAAACGUGACUGUAUUGUGUGCAUUGAGUUCCCGAGGGCUCAUUUAUCAUGCAUGGGGCAGUGUGCAAAGUGCAAAAAAAUAGGUGCAAGCCUCCAGGUUAUUUAUAACAUUAAACCCUGCCUACACAUGCAGGUCAUUCUGGUUCAUAACUUAGUACUAGGAAUUGCACACAAAACUGCCUGGAGGUGUACCUCAUCCUGUCCCCUAACUUGCCAGUCAUUCUGCCACAUGUUAGAGAGUGCCAUUUGGUUGAUGGUGCAAAGGAAACCUGAACUUACUGCCUGCCCUAUGGCACUGGAUGCUAGGGCUUCUAAAUGUGCAGUAAGGGAUGCCCAGUGCACUAAUAAAUCAACCCCCCCCCCCCCCCAUCUCUUCUUACUCACCUUUAUAUAGGUGUAGUAUGCCCUAUUAAUGUGUGACUUGAUGCAUAGUCACUAGAUAGAAAUUACACAGCACCAUAUAGAAUAAAUACACCUGUUCAUGUCUAUAGAAAAUCGACAAAGGCAAACAAUAUUCCACAUUCCACCUCUAUUUCUAGAUAAAAAUAUGCAGAGAGCUGUGUUAUUGGCUUAAGUUAAAUUGUAGUAGAGAAUGACUCCUAUGAGUGCCGUCAUUCUCUACUACUGUGUAUGCCCAAGCUCUGGCACCGAAGUAUUGGUAUUUUUUUAAUGGUGUGCUCCCCAUUCUGGACUUGGCUAAAGUUAAAUAUAUAUGAGAUAAGGAACAGUAACAUCAUAAAAUGAAAGUGUUUUAAAAUGAAAAUAUAAUGUGGCGUUGCCCUGCACUGGUAAAACUGGUGUGUUUGCUACAGAAACCCUACUAUAGUUUAUAUAAAGAACCUCCUGUAUAGUCAUGGGGGGCAGACAUUGAAGCAUAGGAUUCAUAAUAGAUAACAGAUAUGUUCUGAAGAAUCCCAUUAUAUAUACUACACAGUAUAUCUGUUAUCUACUGUGUAACUUGUGCCUUUUCUCCUAUUUUUGGCUUUGAAUGGUUGCCCCCCUGGCUACACAGCAGCUUGUUUAUAUAAACUGUAGUAGAUUUUCUAAAGCAAACACACCAUUUUCACCAGUGCAGGGCAACAAUACAUUAUAUUUUCAUUACUUGAAACCACUUUAAUUUUUUGGUGUUAGUAUUCCUUUAAAGUUCUCUGUGUUUAUGUCUUUGUAGAAAUGCUUUAAAUCACCGUAAGUGUGGCCAGAUUUACUAAUAUGGCGCGCAGUAGGUGGGGGGUGCCGUGGUUGCAAGUACCUCUUGGCCCUGCACUGAGUCCAUUACAUCUUGUUUCUGGGCAGGGGCGUAAUUACAGAGAAAGCAGACCCUGUAGUUGGAGGGGAGCCCAGACGUGUUUGUGGGUAAAAUAAAUACUGAAUUAUUUCUAGCCAGAAGGGAACUCUGUCCCUCAUUGCUGCAUGGGCAAGGCCAGUUUUGGGGCGUGCAACCUGUAAAUGGCUGACAGACUGGUCUUAUUCUUACAUUUAAGAGCUCAAAACACACAAGCUACAAUUAAAUGUCUAAUAUUUGAUACUGUCCCUAGCCCUGCACACAAAGGUCAUGUUGUUCUCAGCUUUGGCUUGUUCCAAGAAAGCAGCAGAUCAAGGGAGCAUUAUGCUGCGUGGGGCACAGUUUUCCUUAGGCAGGCCCUGGGUUUCUGCCAAUGCUAUGUGCCAUAUUUUUCCAAAAGACAAAAGUUUUUUUUUAAAAAAAAGAUAAUUAGUACUUAUGUACAUGCACUGUUUUGAGGUUCUACAUCUAAAGGGAUUGUAGCUUUUAUAUCCCAUUUUAGGUACUUCUGAGGCUCCUUGGCAUUUGUCUGUACUUCUUGAAGACUGCGUGUGUGUGUGUGUGUAUGUAUGUAUGUAUGUAUAUAUAUAUAAAUUUCAGUUUUGCUAUAAACAGUUAUGGGUACGUUUAAGAAGAUUUCAAUAGGGAGCUAAUAUAAACAUUUAUCAAGGAUUUCCUGAAGGAAAAACUAGCUUCACCUAUAGGGAUAUGUAGUCAAUGGCAUUAGGUAAAAAAAAUCCGUAAAUGCUUUGCACCUAAUUUUGUGCUUCAAAUUUCACUUCUAUUUGCACCUAUUUAUUAUUUUCUGGUAAUAAAAUAUAUUCCCAUAUAUGGUUCUGCACGGCGUGCAAUGCAGUCAACUUUUUUCUUUUUUUUUUCCUUGCACUAACUCCAUUUACUAGAAUGCUGCCUUAGUGUCUGUCUGGUAAAUAAUACGUACAUGGGCCAUAAGACUUUAUAGAGGGAAAAAAUCUACCCUCUGGUCCCUGUUGUUAUACAUUCCUAUGUUUUAUAUUUCCAUCUUUUUUUUCCCCCCUCCUUUUUUUUAUUCCCUUUUUCUUUUAUUAAAUUGAAUAUCACUUUCCUGCCUUUGACCCACAAGGCCAGUUUAUAGUAUUUUCAUAAAAUAAUGGAGUGUUUUGCACUAAUUUCUUGCUGAUUUGGUGUCUGGAAGUCUUGCAAGAUUAGUGGUUUCUGAUUGGAUGUGGUUUCCAAUGUAUCAUGUGUAUUGUGCUCCAUCAGUAGUGUGUGUAUAUGUGUGUGUGUGUGUGUAUGGAUUGCUUGAGUAGGCAAAAUUGUCUGUAACAAAGGCCAACACUGUACAGUCAGAUUAUGGUACAAUACUGAAUAUUUUUAUAUUCUGAGACAAAUUAACUUUUAUGUGCUGUUUAUGACAUUUUUAGGGUUAUAUAAAUAUAUAAUGUGCACAUUGUUUUAUUACUGGAAAUUGUUAUCAAUGUAAUGCGUUACCCGGGCUACACAGUUUGCUCACAUUUCACCACCAGCUUUACCCCAUUCACUAAAGUGGUAAAAUGGGGUGUCCUACUGUAGUGUAUUCAGUACUUCAGUUCUUUGUUUGCACCUUAAAUACACCGACUAAAGUAUUGCAGGUUUCUCAUUCUCUUGCUUUAUAAAUUUACACUCAGUUCUUGCAGGCGUUGACGGAUGUCAAGACAAGGACUAAACAGCUUAUCAUGUUUGCAUGAAUCCUUCCCUACAUUAUAUAGCUACAAACACACAGUAUAGGCAAACAAUGCACUCAGGUUUGAACAUAAGCCCAUAAUGGCAGCUUGCACAAAGGUCUCUUAGGCAAGAAAUAAACGGGUCAAUGUGGCUAUAGCAGACAGGACAGCGGCCCUUGCAUGUUUAUUAGCAGGCCCCUUCAUUGUGCCACUUAAAUGUUACAUCCUUUUCUGCAAAUAAACACACAAGGGCUGCUGCCCUGUCUACAGACUCCACGCUGUGCUGGUUUUAUUCUUGCCGAGGGUGCCGCACCAGGCGGAAGGGAGAGGCCAGGGUGUACAGGUGAGGUGUUUUACACAAAGGUGCAAAAUGUUAUAAUACAAAUCACACAUCUGAUUUUUAUUUCUUACUGCUUGGGAAUAGUGAAAUUGUUGCCUGCACAUUUGUCUAAUAAUGCUGCAAAGUCAUUCUAUCAAGGCAACAAUGGGUCAUGGAGAUAAACCAGGAAAAGGUUAAAGGCUCAUUAUAUUCCUGGUCAAUAUGGAGGUCCAGGCUAAUAUCUGGUAAUUUUUUACUUUUAGGAAAAAGAAAGUCCAGUCACAAAAUCUACAAUUAGUUGCUAUAUUAGCAUCAUGAAAAUUAAAAAGUACUCACAGCUCCCUGGCCACUUGGCUGUUUUACUUUGUGGUCUGACUUGCUUUUGAUGGUUGCGCAACUGACCAGUUCUCUUUAGCAAUCAUUUAGAUAACUCUAAGUUACCUGGAAGCAGAAACUUGUUGGACUUGCAUAUUUAUAAGCUUCCUCAAAGGCCAGACUACUGCAUGUUUUGUAUACAUAUUGGGGCCGAUUCACUAAAGGUCGAUAAAACAAGCGCUAUUUAUAGCAUGUGUUAAAAAUCUUAUCGCUUAUUUUUUGCGACUUAACGCUCGAUUCACUAAAAGGACACGUGUCAUAAUUAAGACGCCAUGUUCUUUGCGUUAUUUAACUCGUGAUGAGCGUUUUUCUUGUAUUAUUUUCCACCGCGUGUAUUAUUUCUCGCUGCCGCUUGCUAUAUUAGCGCACGAUUUUACGCACGUAACCAUUACUUUCGGAAAACUACUGUUCUGAAAAUGGCCAUUUCCCUGCAAACUGGAGGCUGCAUCAAUCUAGGGCCAACAAAGACUUAAAAAAAUCCCACUGCAAAGUCCAUGUUGUGUUGCCAAAAGCUCACCAACCACAAUUUUCUUUAAGUACCGCCUGCCCCAAGCAGGUGUUAAUAUUCGCACAGACUAAUGCAAUAUUUAGCGCGUUUAACGCUUCAUAUGUGUUUGUGAAUCAUGCGUUAGUAUUAUUUCCAUUUGAUAAUUAACGUAAUGCAUGAAAAAUAAUGCAUUGCGGUAGCACGCUAUUUAAUGCAUGCGAAAUGACUUUGAUGAACCAGUACGUAUUUACUCGCAUGCUUUUUAAUGCAAAAAAGCAUGCGAUAAGUGUUAUCGACCUUUAGUGAAUCGCCCCCAUUAUGUUUUAUACUCCCAGAAAAUAUGGAAAUUCUACUCCUACAGUAUCCACGUAUUGAAAUAUGAAGCUAAGCAAGAGAUGGACCUCUGCUUCCUUGUAAUUAGAAAAGCUUUAAUUUUCGGUGUGAGAGCUCGUGAUACAGGCACUUGGCGACAAAGCUUUAGGCUUAAUAAAUGAGUUGCUAAUAACCUAUAUGUGUGUAUAUAUAUAUAAUAUAUAUAUAUAUAUAUCAAAUAUUAUUUCACGACUGGCACACCACCUAUUUAAAAAAUCACAACUUUAUUGUUAACACAUUGCACAGAAGUAGUCUAAGGUUUCGGCCCUCAACAGGACCUUUUUCAAGUGCUCUAUCACUUCGAUACCUAAUUAUCCAGUGCUUUCUAUAUUAUGCAAAGCUUACGAUUCCAUUCUAGGACUUAACUAUUUGCUUACUAAGUAAAACCCACAUGCUUCAGAAUUAAAGUCAUUUUUUCUUUCCAUUAA